CCCUAGGCGACUGUCAUGUUUUGUUCCACGCGCUGUCAACGUUGACCGUUGAGGUUAUGUUACAAACCAUUCGAAAAAUUCUCCCCUUUUAUUUUUCCUCGUCCGAUUUACCUCACUUGCCAUCAAAAAUGAGUGAAAUCAAAAUUGUCAGGAAGCCUCGCUACGACGGCCGCGUCAAAAAACGUCAAUGGGAAGAAAGAAGAAGUGAUAAAGGCGCCGGUUUAGAUGCCACAAAAUCGAAACUGGUGAAAAAAGAAGAAACAGAAAUAACAGGCGAGAUACUCGAAAAAAUUAAACGAAGAAAAUUCGCGCUGUUACUCGGAUAUUCGGGAACGAAUUACUACGGAAUGCAACGCAACCCAAACACGCCAACAAUCGAAGAAGAAUUCUUCCAGUCCCUGUACCAAAAUAAAUACAUCAGUGAAGAGAACUUCAGUCAAGUGCAGACAAUGCAGUUUCAACGGGCAGCAAGAACUGAUAAAGGUGUCUCGGCUGCUAGACAAGUAGUGUCGCUGAAGUUACCCGAAAACAUUGACAUAGCAAAAUUGAAUGAAAAACUACCCGAAGUCAUACGCGUUUUCGGCAUUAAAAGAGUAACAAAAGGGUUCAACAGCAAGGUACAGUGCGACAGUCGGUCAUACACCUACCUACUACCCACUGUCUCAUUUAUUCCUAAAGACCAAAUGAUGGUACAAAAGGGCUUCCGGCUGCAAGAAGACAUUCUAAACAAAAUCAACGCAAUUCUACAAAAGUUUGUGGGGACCAAAAACUUCCACAAUUUCACGUCAAAAAAACAAGCGUCUGAUCCCAGUGCUAAGCGCUUCAUGAAAAGUUUAGUCUGUGAUACACCGUUCGUUAAAGAUGAUGUUGAGUUCACUUUAAUAAAAAUCCGAGGACAGAGUUUUAUGAUGCAUCAAAUCAGGAAAAUGGUUGGAUUGGUUUUGGCAAUUGUUAAAGGGUACACGUCUGAGGAAACUUUGGAUGUUGCUUUUAAUAUGGAGAAAGUGAAUAUUCCAAAAGCUCCGGGGUUGGGGCUUGUUUUGGAUUAUGUGCACUAUGAACGCUAUAACAACAGGUAUGGGGAUGAUGGGGUUCAUGAAAAAAUGACCUGGGAUGAAGCUGAAGAUGAAGUGAAUGCAUUUAGGGAGAAAUAUAUUUUUCCAACUAUUAUUAGUACGGAAAUUGAGGAAGAAUCUCUGGUUAACUGGAUUGUAAGGAGACUCUCAGGGCAUAAAUAUGAUGAUCUUGAAGCUGAUGAUGACAAGAGUGACAGUGAACAGAAAGCUGAAGAGAAUAGAUAACAAUGUUAUACUUAAGUUACAUAUAUUAUACAGUAUGUAAAUUAUUUUAAGAAUACAUUUUAUAUUGAU